CAGCUGGGGAAACUAUAUAGAAGCUGCAGUUUGUGAUCUACCCAGUUCAGGACUGUUCUCUGGAGAGAGAGAGAGAGAGAGAGAGAGAGAGAGAGAGAGAGAGGCAAUGUUUUGCCUGAGUCCUGCUUGAAAGUUUGCAGUUCAGAUCAGCCGAACACCUGAAAACUCUCCUGGGGUUGCCUGCUGCUUCAAGAAUGAAUGAGCUCAAAAUAGCAGUUUUGGGCAGCGAAGGAACGGGAAAAUCUGCCCUUACUGUGCGCUUUCUCACCAAACGUUUCAUUGGAGAGUACUCCUCAGACUCCGAACGUAUCUAUAUACUAAACAUAUUGAAGCGUGCUUUGUUGAUGGGAAGCAACGACACCUUUGAAAAUAUAAGCACCCUCUGUUCGCUUUCGCCUCGGCAAGGGAAGCUGUCCCUGACAGAUGAGCUCCAUUGGGCUGAUGGGUUUGUCCUUGUGUACGACAUCAGUGACAGAACCUCCUUUGCUUUCGCCAAAGCACUGCUAUACAGAAUACGAGAAUGCCACGCCAUGUCUUCCAAAAGAACUUCAGAGUCCACUGUGGUUUUGGUUGGCAACAAGCAAGACUUGUGCCAUAUAAGAGAAGUCAGCUGGGAUGAAGGGCAGAAGUUGGCACUGGAUUGCAAAUGCCAAUUCUGUGAACUGUCUGCAGCAGAACAUAGUCAAGAAGUGGUGGCCACGUUCACAAAACUGCUGAAGAACAUCAUCUCGAACUCCAAAGGGAAGGAGAGGCGACGGCCCAGCGGGUCAAAAUCUAUGGCCAAGUUGAUCAAUACCAUGUUUGGGAAGAGGAGGAAGUCUGUUUAGGUAGAAAGUCCAGGAUUCCCAGUCUGUGCAGAAGACAUAUAGUAAAAGAAGGUCUGAGAUGUAUUGGUGACCAUUCUCAUGUACUGGGUUUUUAAAGCACUCCGCUUGAAGGGACAUUAUGGGAGACUAUGGAGUGGUUGACCCGUGUGUUCAUCACUUGAAGUCUCAUCACUUGAUGGCUCUCAGGGAAAUGUAUGAGCUGUCACCAUUGAAAGGUGCUGUGUGUGAGCUGACAUCCAAUGAUUCAAAAAUUCCAGCUGGGUAAAUUAACAUGUCCAGACUGGUUCACAUCACUUCAGGCUACCAUCCGUGACACGUGAUCAAGCUAUGGCUAUUGCUCAAUAAGGCUGCAAUCCUACAGACUCCUUCCUGGGAAUGAGUGAUUUACCUCUGAGUAGGCAUGCCUAAGAUUGCACUGUUGCUCUCAUUGGAAGCAACGAGCCUUAGAUUAAUUGCAACGAACCAUUGCUGAAGCAGAUCCCGCAGAAGAGAAAGCAGUCCUUCAGCAAAGAUGUUGUGCACUUUGUCACAGCGUAUACAAGAUCCCAAAUCUUUGGGGUCCUUCUCAGUCUGCUUUUAAUCAGCUGUCAUUUAAGAAAGUGGCCCCAUGAAUUUUAUCCCAUGUAUACAGUCCAUUUUCUCCUCUGUAUACCGUUUGUAAAAUCUCUGGGGCAAUGGCUUUUUGUGCCUGUUUAGGCCCCUUCCGCACAUGCAGAAUAAUGCACUUUCAAUCCACUUUCAAUGCACUUUGCAGCUGGAUUUUACUGUGCUGAAUAGCAAAAUCCGCUUGCAAACAAUUGUGAAAGUGGACUGAAAGUGCAUUAUUUUGCAUGUGCGGAAGGGACCUUAAUAGCGCCAUAUUGCCUAAUUCCAUGAAAAGCUCUAUAUUACCUGCAAUAAUUUGUUUCCUUUGAAACUAUUUCAGUGCCUUUUAUACAUUAGAGUGAUGUAGGACCAAAGGAGGUUUUGGCAAAUCUGGCUUUGCACGAAAUAAAAUGAACUCUGCAACUGAUGAGGCUUAAUGACUUAAGGCUGCAGUUCUAUGCAAAUAUGUGAACAAUCCCAGUCAAGCGUACUGGCGGAAGGGUGAGUGGCACAAAAUUGAACAGUGACCCAAGUGGUCCCCGGUUCAACUAUUGCCUCUGCCACAAACUCACUGGGUUGUGUCAGGCAAGCUAACCUUUCUUGUUUUUAGCCUCCCACCUUCUGCAAUGUAAUACUGCCCUACCUGAUGGGGCAGUUGUAAGGUAUGGGGUUAAACCAUGUAUGUGAAUCACAGGAAGUGUAUUUAUGUGAAAAUGUUAAAUUUUUAUAAAAUGGUACUAAUCGCUUUGGGAGCAUGUUUGUAAAUAAAGAAGGUAACGUUUGAAUG